GUAAUUUUCAAGCCGCAAUGACUGGUAACGUCACAAAUGUGCGACUCGCCGGAUGGAAACAAGCGCAUGAAUAGCUUAUGACGGCUCAUUUAUUGUAUUAUUUUCAAACGACAUAUUAGAAAUAAUUCUUACAUGUUUAGCUAACAUCAAUGCUAGUGAGUUAACGUCUUAACGUUAAGUCUCCGCUCCCGCGUUGAAUCUCUUAGCCCCAAGCUAGUGCUGUUUGCUAACGGGUGCGACAACUUGUCUCAUUUCGUGCCAACGUCGUUUGUUUCUCUUGCGUCGGGAUGAGUAAAAAGUACGGAGGUGGGGGCGGUGGACGAGACAGAAGAGGAGGUAGUAGUAGAGGCUUUCGUGAUGGCAGCAGAGAAAGAGCCGAACGGGGAAGUGGUUUUAGUGGCAGCUUCGACCAGGACAACGACGGUGGUCGCCAUCCAUCACACUUGAAGGGCCGUGAGAUUGGCUUGUGGUACGCAAAGUACGGGGCCGUGAGGAAGAAACAGGCUGACCGGAGAUCGCGGGCAGUGGUCCAGAUGGAUGAGUCCAGAGAGCAGCACAUUAUUAAGCUGCUCGACUCCGUCCAGAAUGACCAGUCAGGUCCGGAGAGACCGAGUGGAAAUGCGAGAGGCUUUGCGUCGGCGGACAACUGGCGUGCACGUUCCAAUAAAAGUGGCCACUGCUAUUUUGAUGGAGACAUGACCGAAGAGGAAAAACGGAAGAUCAAAUUUGAGAGGGAAGACAUUGACACAACACACAAGAAACGUUCUAGCUCACAGGCAGUUGUUAAAGAUGAGAUUCCUGACAGAUGGGAUGAUGAUGAUGUGGUGGAGCUGCAGCAACUGGAGGAGGAAGAAGAUAGGGAGAAACUGAGGAGGAAUGAGAAAGAUCUAGAAUUCUUACUCCAGGAAAUAGCUAGAGAUGUUUUGCUGGACGAAUCGCUGAAGAGAGAUCUGCAGAGUAAGAAAUCACACCCAAAGUACAAGGAAAUGCUGCGGUUCAGAGAAAAGUUGCCAUCCUAUGGGAAGAAAGAGGAGCUAGUGCGGCUGAUCAACUCCAACCAAGUGCUGGUGGUGAGCGGUGAAACAGGCUGCGGAAAAACCACGCAGGUGACCCAGUUCAUCCUGGACGACCACAUCAACCGCGGCAUGGGCUCUAUGUGCCGUGUGGUUUGCACGCAGCCUCGGCGCAUUAGCGCCAUCUCGGUAGCAGAGCGCGUGGCUGCCGAGAGGGCAGAAAAGGUUGGCAGUGGAAAUUCGUGUGGUUAUCAAAUUCGCUUGCAGAGCCAGUUACCACGGAGACAAGGUUCAGUCCUGUACUGUACCACGGGCAUUAUCCUUCAGUGGCUCCGCUCAGACUCUCGGCUAUCAAGUGUCAGCCAUUUGGUUCUGGAUGAGAUCCACGAGAGAAGCCUGCACUCCGACGUGUUGCUCACCAUCGUCAAGGACCUACUCGAAGUGCGAUAUGACCUCAAGGUCAUCCUGAUGAGUGCCACGCUCAACGCAGAGAAAUUCUCGAAGUACUUCGAGAACUGCCCCAUGAUCCACAUCCCAGGCUUGACAUUCCCAGUGGAGGAAUUCCUUGUAGAGGACGUUGUGGAGAUGACAAGGUAUCAUCCCAAGAACCAGGACCGCCGGCCUGCAUGGAAAAGAGGCUUCUGGCAGGGACGCCACUCCAGACCUGAAAAGGAGGAGAAGGAGGCCGAAUACAAAGAGAGCUGGCCUUGUUUUGCUCGCACACUCCAAGCCAGAUACUCUGAGAGCACCAUAGCUGCUCUCGAGAUGCUGGAUGGCGAUGACAAGAUUGACUUGGAGCUCAUCGUGGCACUCAUCCGCCAUAUUGUGCUCAACGAUGAGGAAGGAGCCAUCUUGGUCUUCUUGCCCGGCUGGGACAACAUCAGCAGCCUCAAUGACUUGCUAAUGGGACAGCAGAUGUUCAGAUCAGAUCGUUUUGUUAUCAUCCCACUGCACUCACUCAUGCCGACGGUUAAUCAGACGCAGGUAUUCAAACGGCCUCCAUCUGGUGUGCGAAAGAUUGUGAUUGCUACCAAUAUAGCUGAGACAAGCAUCACCAUAGAUGAUGUUGUUUUUGUAAUCGAUGGAGGCAAGAUCAAAGAAACCAACUUCGACACCAACAACAACAUCAGCACCAUGACGGCCGAGUGGGUGAGCCUGGCCAAUGCCAAGCAAAGGAAAGGGCGCGCUGGCAGAGUGUGUCCAGGAAAGUGCUAUCAUCUGUAUAAUGGUCUCCGAGCCAGCCUUCUGGAUGCCUACCAAUUACCAGAAAUCAUGAGGACUCCGUUGGAGGAGCUGUGCCUGCAGAUCAAGAUAUUGAAACUUGGGGGCAUUGCUCACUUCCUGCAGAAAGCUCUGGACCCUCCCACUGAAAAGGCUGUGAAUCUGGCCAUAAAGAACCUCAAAGACCUGAACGCCUUGGAUCAUUCGGAGAACCUAACGGCGCUGGGUUUCCACCUGGCUCGCCUGCCCGUGGAGCCUCACAUUGGAAAGCUCAUCCUGUUCGGAGCGCUGCUAGGCUGCCUCGACCCCGUGCUCACCAUUGCCGCCUCCCUCAGCUUCAAAGACCCUUUCUUCAUACCCCUGGGCAAAGAGGAGAUGGCAGACAAGAGGAGGAAAACACUGUCCAACAACUCCAAAAGUGAUCACCUCACUGUGGUCAACGCUUUCCAGGGCUGGCAGGAAGCUAAACAGCGUGGCGGCCGGUGCGAGCGGGAGUUCUGCUGGGACAACUUCCUGUCUGGCAACACACUCCAGAUGUUGCACAACAUGAAGGGCCAGUUUGCUGAACAUCUCAUGCACGCAGGCUUCGUCAGCAGCAAGGACCCUAAAGACCCCAACUCUAAUGUCAACUCAGACAACGAGAAAUUGAUCAAAGCGGUGAUCGUAGCUGGCCUGUAUCCUAAAGUAGCCAUGAUCCGACCAUCACACAGCAAAAAGAGACCUGGGGUGAAAGUGUACACUCAGCAUGACGGGAAGGUGUGUAUCCACCCCAAGUCCGUCAACUACGAGGAGACCAACUUUAACUACACGUGGCUCAUCUAUCACCUCAAAAUGAGAACCAGCAGCAUCUUCCUGUACGACUGCACCGAAGUCUCCCCCUUCUCUCUCCUCUUCUUUGGUGGCGACAUCACCAUCCAAAAGGACGAUGACCAGGAGACCAUCGCCGUGGACAAGUGGAUCGUCUUUAGGUCGCCGGCGCGCACUGCUCAUCUCGUCAAAAGUCUAAAACAAGAGCUGCAUUCUCUGCUGGCGGACAAGAUCCGCAGGCCGGCCCCCGUGGACUGGAAGAACCGCCAAUCCAAAGACUGUGCCGUCAUCACAGCCAUCAUCGACCUCAUCACUACGCAGGAGACGACGGCUACGACGGCGGGGGCUCAGGGCGCCGGCAGAGGCCACGGCAGGACGUGGACCCCCAGAGGACAACACAUUUACUUCAAUGACGACGACAGUGACGAUGACAAUUAGCUUGGGACGACACCUGAGAGGAGGAAUCACAGGCGGUCCAUCCUCUGCAUGUUGCGCUCGAUGGUGGCCUGACACGUGAUCGGCUCGGCGCACUCUGCCAGGAACCAGCCGCGCUCACCGUCACGCAGACGCUCGCCCUCGUGCCAACCUGGCAGAACGACAGAGGGAGACCUCAGUUCAGUGAGCGUCAAAGGAUCAACAUCUGUGCCUUUUGCUUUUCAAAAGCAUUUUUGCAACACUUACUCCAAAAGUCCUCAUCAACCUACCUACCUAGUGAAUCAACAUACCAUGCUAAGUUACUAACCUACCUACCUAAAAAAAAUAUACACCCUGAAUGAAUCAACGCUAUGAUCUGCUCUCCCUACUUCCCCAUCUAAACUACCCGCUACCCUACCUAAUUAAUUACGUUUAUUUUAUUAAUCUGCCUACCUACCAACCUAAUCAAUUUACCCACAUACCUCAUGAAUCAACAUACUUACAUACCUACCUAAUGUACUCACCUAUCUACCAAAUUACUCUAUCCACCUACGUAAUCUACCUACCUAAUUUCCCUACCCACCUAAUGAAUCUACUUACUUAACUGUAUCUGUAAACAUUUAUCUACCUACCUAGAAUUUACCGAACUAAUUAACCUACUUGCCUACCUAAUGAAUCAACCUACCUACAUACGUACUUAACAAUUUACCUACCUAACUAAUCAACCUGUCUACCUACCUACUUACCCAAUUAAUCAACCUACCUAAUCUGCUUGCUUCCCUAGUUAAUCUACCUGCCUACCUACCUAAUCAAUUCACCUAGCUACCUCAUCUAUUUCCAUACAGUACAUAUUUACCAUUUAACCUAGUAACCUAAUCUACAUGAAUCAAUCUACCAGAUGAAACUAUACGCUACCAACCUACUUACUUUCUUAUUUACCGAACUAAUAACCUACUUUACCUCCCAAUUAAUAACCUUCCUACCUAAUCUGCCUACUUUAUGUAUGUUCGUACCAAUUUACAUACCAAACUAAUCUACCAAAUAAAACCUGCCUAUUACCGA